UAUAUAGCAGACAGGGAAUCGAACAUCGUUGAACUUCUUUUGGUGAGCCUAGUGAUCUUCCUAAAGUCAUGAGCUCUGGAUCAGUCUCUGAACAGCUUCGUCAAAAAGGAAAUAACAUCUACCGUUCAAUUACCGAUGGCUUGGCACCAGUUUUGAAGAAGUCGCGUUUGGUGGCAGCGCUAGCGAAGUAUAAUGAAGCACAUAGCCAUGCUCAAAACGCAGAAGAAAAGGCGUCUGCAUCGAAGAAUAUAGCAAAGGCCAGCUUCAAGUUAGUGUCCUUCCUGCCAGUGCAAACGGAGCACGAGAUCGAGCUCGUGAGAUAUCAUGCCAAAAAUGCCAUUGAUAGCUACUCACAAAGCUACGUGUUAGGGCAAACUGUAAAACCAAGCACAUGGCUUCAGGAUCUUGUCGCAUGUCUGCAGGAUUGCUGGGUUGACCUCAUCGAUAUAGCGGAAAGCAUACCUUUUCAACGCAGAGUUUCUCUUUUGGAAGAAUGCGUGUAUUCUGUUGGCAUCGAGUCCUUAAGAGGACAAUACUGGCUGCAAAUCGCUGAAAUAAUGUUUCAUGAAUCUGUUCAUAAACUCAAUGAGAAGGAUUUCAGGCAAAGCCUUUCAAUAAUACAUAGCUGCUACCGCCCUGUGGAGGAGGCUGUGAAAUCUAAGCGACACAACCCAGCUAUCAUGUCAGAUGUGAACGUCAUGAGGGAGGAUCUAAGAUUUCACAUAUGCACCGUCGAAUCACUGCAAGCAAUGUCCAUUGGAGAUGACCUUCUGGAAAAAUAUUGCAAAAAGGAUGGUGCUGUAGAUAUGACAAUGGCUUGGGAAGUUUUGGAUUGGUAUAAGAAAGCUGCUCUGGCGACGCGCGAAAUUGAAGUGGAAAUGGAAGCGAUUGCACUGAGUCGCAUUGGGAAACUAUAUGACGAAGUUUUUGCAAUCAAGUCUAAGGCCAGAGAAAACUUUAAGAGGGCAAUUGAACUGGCUAUAUCGAUGCAUCCAAGGACAUUUAACAAUGAAGACUGGUAUAAAGUUUGUACCGAAACUCUUGAAAAGUAUCAAAAAGAACAAGUAAAAAAGGAGGACGAAAUAUGGAAUACGGCGAGACAGAAAUAUCUCAAGGAACUGGAAGCCGAACUCAAAGAGAUCGACAGCCAUGCAAAGAAAGGAGACAUCACUUUGGUGAAAUUUGUUUACAAAACACAUCCACCAAAGCAGAAAGGAAAUACCCUUCCGGAAAAAUUGCCUGACAUUUCGGAAGGUAUCGCAGAGUAUAAUGCGGAUAUGAAGACACUGCUAAAGAAAGCUAUUGUGCACUACCAUCCAGAUCGAUGUGACGUAAAAGCUGAUGGUGAGAAAUGGAAGGUGCUUUCAGAGGAGAUCUGCAUGCGUUUGACCAGAAGAUACGAGUCGUUUAAAUAAUGUCAUCGUGAGGACGUCAUCGUGAGCCAACAUAGCGAGCACGGUAUUAUCAUUACGCUGUUUUCUGUUGGUACUGCAGCAACCAACGAUUAAUCUAAACUGUAAUUUCAUUAGUUAUAUGUUCCUGCUAUUAAUAAGUAGUUCUGUUAUCGCUUUUGUUGCAGAGUUUUUGAUGUUUUGUUCUGUAAUGCUGUUGUUAUUGUUAUUAGAUUUUAGUUUGUUGAUUAUUAUAUCAUACUCAUCCCGAGUUUGUAAGAAUGGUGUAAAUGUUCAAUUAGUUAACUUCGUUUUAAAGUAAUAGUUAAUAUUCCCCCAAAAGACUUUUGAAAGCUUUUUUGCUCCCGCAGACAUGUUUAGAGCAGUAUAUACACCUCACCCUCAGAGUCUUACCCUCGAUUCCCUUGAGCUAAUAAAUCAGGGCCUCUAAAUAAGUGUAUUACUAUUCCAAUAUUAGGCAAUGAAGUAAGACAUACCAUUCGGGCAGGUUUUGUGAAUGGUGCCUUAAUUGAACAACCUUAAAUGCAAACUGCUAUUCAGUUCAAGAGAAAUUUUUUGUCUUUCUUUGAAAAAUAUAUGCAUAUUUGUAAAAUUUAUCCGUUUGAUAUGUAACUGUAAAUGGGAUUUUUCCAAAAAUUAAAAUGAUAUCCCACCACAGGGGCAUAUUUCAAAAAGUUGAUUCGAAUGCAACUCUUAAUUGCACAUGUAAAGGGGAAAUAUUUCAGCAAAUCAAUUUAGAAACAGUAAAUCGUUCUAAAGGUGAGUAGAUUGCCAGCUUUAGUUUCAAAUGAUAUGUUAAGCUUGUAUAUUCAUUGUUAUGUAACUUCGAUUAUAUUCUAGAUUUCCUUAAAGAAAAUAACCAGUACGGUAACAAAAA